UUUGAUUUUUCUGUCGUGUUACUCAAAGGCCUGCACGCCAUGGGGUCAACCACCCUCGUGGUUCGCGUGCCACCCCGUGGAACCUGCUACAUCGACCUAUGUAUGGACGCUCGUGUAAAUUUAUGGAAAAUCUUUCUUCCCCUGGUGCGUUUUCCAUCCGGCGACGGAUACGUUUCUCUUCCAAACAAACUUCGUCUUGCGUCGAACGGAAUUUCACUCCAGACGCGUCGUGAAAUAUUUUCAAGCAGCAGAAACAAUAGCUGGGGACCCAAUUACCAGAGUUCGUGUUGCGUCGAGAGUGCUCAGACAGGCGUUUCCUCAAGGCUUCUCCUUCGUCGACUACCUACCCUACCGACGCAUGCAAGAGCAAUAUGUGUAUGCCAGUUAAGUUUCGCACGCUCUCGACAUCACCAAUAUAUCUAUAGGGUGUUCGGAUAAAAUAGGUAGAAAAUUUAAAAAAAUUAAUCCAAAUAUAAAAUUAUUGUUUAAAUUUUCUAUUUCGUUAUCCUGUAUAUUUGAAUAGAGCAAUUAUUUGUAAUCAUUUAUAACUCUUUUUUUCUUUUUAUUUUUCAGUCCCAUAUUCAGUUGAAUAUAUUAUAAUCAUUGUCAAAUUUAAAAAUAUUCGAAGCCAUGUAAGUAGUCGAAGGUAAUUAAGAAAAAUAAAUAUUAUGAAACGAAGAAUA